GCGGCAAGUACCUGGCGUCAUGCGCCGACGACCGUACAGUCCGGCUAUGGAGCACCCGGGACUUCACGGCGCGCGAGCACCGCUGUCUGCGCACCAACGUGGGGCUGGACCACGCUGAGUUUGUCCGCCUCAGCCCCGACUCGCGGGCAUUCAUUGUUUGGCUGGCGAAUGGUGAGACUAUUCGUGUCUAUAAAAUGACUAAGAAGGAUGAUGGCAGCUUCACCUUCACUGCAGCUUCUGGGGACUUCCCAAAGAAGCACAAGGCGCCUGUCAUUAACAUAGGAAUUGCAGAGACAGGAAAGUUUAUCAUGACAGCUUCCAGUGACACAACCAUUCUGAUAUGGAGCCCAAAGGGUGAAGUCCUGGCCAGCAUUAACACUAACCAGAUGAACAAUGCCUAUGCCACGGUGUCACCCUGCGGAAGGUUUGUGGGAUCCUGUGGCUUCACCCCUGAUGUAAAGGUGUGGGAGGUGUGUUUUGGCAAGAACGGAGACUUCCGGGAGGUGGCCAGGGCUUUUGAGUUGAAAGGCCACAGCGCUGGCAUGCAUUCCUUCUCCUUCUCCAAUGACUCGAGGAGGAUGGCGACACUGUCGAAGGACGGGACAUGGAAGUUCUGGGACACUGACGUGGAAUAUAAGAAGCAACAGGAUCCAUACCUGCUUCUGACCGGGAAGUGUGAGGUGGUGGAGCCUUGUCGCAUUGUCCUGUCCCCUGACGCUCACGUUGUCGCCAUUUCCAGCGGCACAGACAUCGUUGUGUACAACACGAGAAGAGGAGAGGAGGAGGAGCGCUUUCUGGGUGUGCACGGGCAGUGCAUAACGGACGUGGCUUUUGACACCAGUUGCCGCUACCUGGUGUCGUGUGGAGACCGGGCCAUCCGUGUCUUCCACAAUGCCGCUGGUCACAGGGCAGUGGUGGAGGAGAUGGAGACCAUGCUGAAAAAAACUGGGAGCAAAGCCACCCGAGAGAGGCUGGAGCAGCAGAUCCGCAGCGCGCGCAAAGCGCUGGAUGCAAUCUACAGGAAGAAGCAGUAA